CAUGAAACCCUUUUAUGCAAUGUCAACUGUAAUCUUAUUUCGUGCGGGUGGGCUUUGGUAGUUUUUAAACGCAGGGAGAUUUUGAGCUUUGCUCAAUUAAAUAUAUCGCUUUCUCGGUCAAUAAAAGAACGUGAUUCAGAGAAAAAUAGCUUGACUGUGCUUUCAGCCAUAGAUGGCAAUGCACCAAUAUAUAUGUCCAGUCGUUUUAAAACUGAACUUACAGGUUUUCAUUUAAAUUGAAAGAAGCGCGUAUAGAUCAAGGUUUGAAGAAGGCGCGGCGAGUCAGGAGAACUCGAAACAGUGUCAAUGACGAACCGUGAACGCCCUCUGUUCACAUAAGCUGGCAAAAUGGAUUUCAUUCUCUUUCCCACUCUAAACGUAAAGUACACACACUUUAGCCCAUGGCACGCAUUAAGCUGUAUACACAACAUGAAUAGGUGAAGCGACUGGCGCUGGCCAUGAACACGUCAUCAAUGUCAAUCUCGAUCCCAGACCACUUGCAGUUCAACGUCAGUGUUUGAGUUGAGCUGCUCAUCUGUUUCUCGCCUGCUUUCUUGAUGGCGGGAACUUCGACCAUCAGCAAUUUCUUCAUGAAGGAUUGAAGCUUUUUCAACAGUUUUGCCAGUUUUUAUUGUCAUUCUCUCCUCUUUGUUAAUAACAGGUAGCAAGAACUUUACCUUGUUUCGAUCCUGUUGGUGUCCCAAAGCUGUAUAGCUGGAGAAAAUUGGCAGCCCUCGUUGUCUUGUUGCUAGCUAGCAGCGUAGCUAGCGAAGCCAAGUUUGUAUUAUUCAUGAGUUUCUACAACCUGGAUGCCUUUCAAAUGAGCCUGAACGCCUGACACAGACAGUGAACCGUAACUCUCUGACAAGUCAAUCAGAUAGUUCUACGCCGCCCUUUCGAACAGCAGCGCCACUCUGAAAUAUGGAAAUACGGAAAAGGGGAGAUAUGAUUUGCCAAACUUCGGCCGGGACCACACCGCUUGCGUCGCUGCUCGUCCAUGUUGUUGUGUCUUGAACUGGUGGUAAACAUCGCAUUUACAAAAGAAUCUGUGCUUGGAACUUGGCAAAAGACUCGACCUUGGGCUAGCAAUCGAUCAUUUGGAAGGGUAUAAUAGCUCGACGGGUUAUUGAGCGUUUCAUCGACGGGUCAAAACAUUAGAUUAUACGCUUAAUGUAUCGUUUGGCGAUUCCAUCUGCGAUAGUCCUCGUUUAGCCGCACUCGCUUCCAAACCCGUGCAAUACCAGGCAGUAUAUGAGUGUGUUGACAAGUAUUAUGGCGUCCACUGCAGUACUUAUUGUUUUUUCUUUAAUGAUAAACUACUUAGCUUUGGCGGAAAAACGCGAGUACAAGUUAGGCCUUCUGAUACCGUAUUCAACUGUGGUGCCGCAUUUCUCGGACGACUUCAACAAGGGAGAAAAUUUUGCCGCAGCGAUGACAAUUGCAGUGGAAAGAUUAAACGCGGACCCAACGCUUUUGGCUGACUACAAUGUUACAUUUGUAUGGGAAGACACAAAAUGCAACGAACUGAUUGCUGUCCACGAGCAGUUAAAUCAAAUUAAUUCUGGAGUACAAGCUUUCAUAGGACCGGGAUGCAAUUGUCACACCGCGGCAAGGAACGCGGCAGCUUUUAACAUAUCCAUGAUUUCAUUUAUGUGCAGUUCUGCAGAUUUGUCUGAUAGAGGAAAGUAUCCUACAUUUGCUCGUACAUUUGCGGUUGACUCCCAAGUGGGGCCGAGUGUCGUCAGUCUUCUAAUAUCUACUUACAACUGGACUCGAGUGGCUAUUAUUUAUCAGAAUUCUACUCAGUGGAAAUCUUUGAAAGAGCAUCUGGUGAAGGAAUUUGAGAAAUAUGGUAUUGAUGUAGCUCAUGAGUAUAUGGUGGAUAGUGAGGCACUUUACGACUAUUUGCAAAAUGAGGCAGAGUUCAGGGCAGCUUUGAGGGAGAUAAAAGAAAAGGCACGAAUUGUUCUAGUGAUUGCCAGUUAUGACUAUGCACUGGAGACACUGUAUCUUGCCAAAGGAGAAGGAAUGAUCAAUGGAGAAUUUGCUUUCAUUAUAUUCCAGUUGAACCAGUUAAAGGUGACCCUGGCUAAAAAACAGAACUUUUGGUGGUUUUAUCAUACCCUUCUUGGUCUUCAAAGAAACAGCACUGUCACCCGCGCAGUCAUCAAAGAAGCCAUGCCGGCUGCCCUGAUAUUGGCCGUUAAAAAUCCACGUGGCAAAAGUUACCAAAACUUCAUUGCAGAGGUCAAGAGUAAGACAUCUGAGAGUCCUUUCUACAGUCAACAUUACAAUGGUUCAGGUUACACAAUGACACCUCCAGUAUUUGCUGCCUACUUGUAUAAUGCUGUCUAUCAGUAUGGAGUGGCCUUGAAUAAAACUCUAGCACAGUAUGGUGCUGCGGCACAUAAUAAGACCCCUUCAGGAGAGGAAAUACUAUCACAGCUUCGUGAUUACACUUUUGAUAGUAUCCAGGGUUACAGAGUACAUUUAGAUGAAAAUGGCGAUGCACAGUUUAACCUGACUUUAAUGGACAUAAGGAAAGACAUAUUAGUUGAAGUGGCAGACUUCCAGAUAACAUAUAGUACCUCUGGUAAUCAAACCAAGAAGGGUGUUCCUAGACUUGUGUUCCGGAAAAAUAGGACCAAGAUUUGGGUUGGUGGUAGCAGAAUGCCACCAAAAGAUCGUCCUAAGUGUGGCUUUAACAAUGAACUAUGUCCUCCUCCGACAGAGAAACCUUCAGACAACAAAACGGAAAUCAUUGCAGGAGUUUCGUGUGGUUUGGGAUUCCUUGCUCUUCUCCUUGUGAUCAAUCUAAUCAGGCAGUACAGGUUAGAAAGAGAACUGAAGAAUAGAUUGUGGAAAAUUGACUACAAUCUUUUGGGCUUUGAGCGGAGAACUUCCAACACAUCUUUAGCAAGUGCUAUUAAAGAAGCAAAUGAAGAGGCUCUACCACUCAUGAGGGAAGAAAGCAGUGAUGGCAAAAUCACAACUGUGGGUAACUACAAGGGAAAUAUGGUAACGGUAGCAAAACUUCCUAAAGGGCGUAUAGAUUUGACAAGAAAAGUUCUUUUAGAGCUGAAACAGAUGCGGGAUAUUAGACAUGAUAAUUUGAAUCAAUUCAUUGGUGCUUGUGUAGAGCCAGAAAUUUGUAUUGUUAUGCAGUAUUGCUCCAGGGGAAGUCUACAGGAUAUUUUAGAAAACGAGGACGUCAAGUUGGAUCACAUGUUUAUAGCUUCACUUGUGGCAGACAUAGUAAAGGGUAUGGCAUACAUGCACAGCUCAGAUGUGAAAUCCCAUGGGAAUCUCAAAUCAUCCAAUUGUCUGGUGGACAGCCGCUGGGUGCUAAAAAUCACAGACUUUGGGCUCCCGUCAUUUAGAACUAAACUGAAAAAGAAUCGAGAAGACUACGCGUACUACCGAGAUUUACUCUGGGUGGCGCCAGAACUUUUACGAAUUCCCAAUCGCCCCCAGAGGGGGACCCAGAAAGGUGAUGUCUAUAGCUUUGCUAUAAUUUUACAAGAGUUUCACACAAGAGAAGGACCUUACAGCUCAAACUUCAUGGAACCAAAAGACAUAGUUCACAGAGUGAAGGAUGCUGAGUUCCCGCCUUUUCGUCCAACGGUUACUCAACUGAUUACUGGCGUUGAGGAGAUCCGGGAACUUAUGAAACAGUGCUGGGUGGAGAACCCGGAUGAGAGACCAGACUUUCACGAGAUAAAGAAGAUUAUGCACAAAGUUCUCGUGAACAACGGCAUGAAAACAAACAUCUUCGACAACAUCGUGUACAUGAUGGAAAAGUACGCGGACAACUUGGAGGAGCUUGUUGUGGAGAGAACCGGUCAGCUGAUCGAAGAGAAGAAGAAAACCGAUGCACUUUUGGAAAGGAUGCUGCCGAGACCUGUCGCCGAGCAGCUCAAAAAGGGCCAAGAAGUAGAGGCGGAGAGUUUCCAUGAGGUGUCAAUCUACUUCAGUGACAUUGUAGGAUUCACCAGCCUCUCAUCCGGAAGCACGCCCAUGCAGGUCGUCACUCUCCUCAAUGAUCUUUACACGUUGUUUGAUGACAUCAUUCAAGAGUAUGACGUGUACAAAGUUGAGACAAUUGGUGACGCGUACAUGGUGGUAUCGGGCCUACCAAUCAGAAAUGGCCACGAGCAUGCCGGUGAAAUAUCCCGGAUGGCACUGCACCUUGUGGAAGCUGUGAAGAACGACUUUAAAGUUCGACACAAACCGGACCAUCAGUUGAAGCUGAGAGUUGGGCUUCAUAGCGGUCCUUGUGUUGCUGGCGUGGUUGGUAACACCAUGCCUCGUUACUGUUUGUUUGGUGACACGGUCAACACAGCUUCGAGAAUGGAAUCUAACGGAGAAGCUCUCCGUAUUCACAUCAGUCAAGCUACCAAGGCAAUUCUGGAUGACCUGGGAGGCUUUGAAGUGGAAGAAAGAGGAGAAGUGUUUUUAAAAGGUAAAGGCACGUGGAAAACAUACUGGCUAAUAAGCGCUGUUAAGCGCCCCAGCUGCAAAGCAAACAAACAUCUUCACCCCAACGGUCAACCGUUUAUGAACUAUCUGAACACUCCUGGGCAUCACUUCGGCUCCAACAGUUCGCUCAAUCUGAAAAGAACCGAUUCUUUACGACGCUCAUUAAAGGGAAAUUCUCCCAGCCCGAUAAAGAAAUCAUGGCACAAGACAGACGAGGAGUCGGCGGCUCUGCUAAACCAGACGACUGUAUGACUGGUGCACGUUUUCACUGCGCUGAUUCGCGAUUUCUUUGCUUGUUGACUUAUCGAUUAGAUAUCGACAGAGGCGAGGGAAUACUCGGAUUGUAGCGGAAAUACUCGGGAUGUUUCGGAAUCGUUCAGAAUGUCUCGGAAGUAGUCUAGAUGCCUCGGAAAUGCUCGAGUUAACUCUGGAUUACUCGGGGUGUUUUUGGAACACCCGAGAGGUUUCGGAGUGCUCGAGAAGUCUCAGAAUAGCUGAACACAUUUCGGAAAUGACCGAGAUGUUUACUAACUGCUUGAGAUGUCUCGAGACUAUUCAGGAUUUCACAGAAGUGCGCGGGUUGUCGCCCACGAGAUCUUUCUUGUGUACACAAACGCUUCUGAUUUGUAGCUGGGUUACGAAAAUAGAAAGUGUUUGUUAGAAACAAAGAACUUAUAGUGAUAUUCGACCCGUGAGACCAGCUUGGCCUCUGAAUUUCCAUAUCGUUGUAGACAUUUACAAUGUAAGAUAGUUAUAUAUAUCUUUGAAGUUCAGCGUUGUUUAACAGCGCUAGUACCCCAUCCGACGCUUCUAUACAGUGGAAACUCUGUAAAUAUUCGAAAACAAGGUAGCCAAUCAUUUUACACUGAGUGUUUUUAAGCCCAAUCACUUCCCAGGCCUCGCUACGUCAGCGAUUCGUGAGGGAAUGGUAACCAUAUAUAUGUACAUAGCUUGUAUUUAGCAGGCGGAUCGUCAGAGCAGCAACUUUAAAGCAAUUCAAGUUGUCCAUAUCAUAGUUAUUUCUGAACGAAAACCGCAAUAUAGGUAAAAUUAUAUUUAGCGUUCAAUUGAGUUUUUGGUAAACGUGAGUGGAGAAGUAUUGAUCCCUACUUCAGUCAUUAGGAAAUUUUUUUUUGGUAAUAUAAAUCAACAAGCGAAUGUAUCGUAUACCUUUUUAGAACGUUAUGGUGAAUUUUGCUCAUUCGUAAGCAUUCAGCGGCUUAUCAGUUAGUUUGCCGUCCGUGUUUGAACUUUUAACAAUAGGAGAUAUAAGCCUAUGGUUUUUAAAACUUGAAGGAGAAAAGUAACGUAAACAUUUAACAGUUUAGUCGUCAUAAAUGACAAUAAAACUGCGCUUUGAACUGGAAA